CCUUAUAAGUCUUCCUAGAAAAAUCACGUUAAUAGUAACUAACCUAAGUAGGUAGUAACUAUUUAGGUAGGUAGCCGCAUUCGGUCGCUACUUGCUAAGUCGUCACUAGCUAGACAGCAGACAACCAUAUUAUAGUAUACAAAAGAUUAGGUAACUAUUGAAGCCUGGUACUACCGAUGCUGUGCCGGGGUGGGGUUGUAUCUGCUGGGUUUUUGGUUCGAGGAGAAAGUCCGUGAGUGGUGGACGAAGACCCCGGCGCGCCACUUCGGGUCGACUCUGCGCGGCUGCGGCCGCUCGUUGCGUUUGCGAAAUAAUGUCAUUGAAUCGCCACCGAAUUCAACUGUGACGCACUGUAGCGGCGGGUGACGGAGAUGCCGCCGAAAUAAAUACUGGUGUCCACAAUCGACGACGAAUCCCCUCGACAAUGUGCCAAUGGAAAAUAGUGCUCAUAAUUCACAUGGUCCUUGCGUUUAGUUCAAGCCAAGCCAAGGAGAUUUACUCGGAAGCGGCCCAUAAUCAUGUGUCAUCAGGUAACAGAUCCCAAAGGUUUCUGUUCGACGCGAUCUUCGGUUUGGAGGUCCCGAUCCUGGAGGAGCAGAGCGUGGAAGAUGACGACGAGCCCACCACCAACGUCAAGAACUGCCCAUGCGAAUGCGGGAGAGCAAACAUUCUUCCUAGGAAGAUCGGUAAGGAGUGUGGCGGGGCGAACCAGGAGAACCGUAUAGUGGGCGGCAUGCCGGCCAGUCUCAACCGGUACCCUUGGAUGGCCAGGAUAGUGUAUGAUGGCCAGUUCCACUGUGGAGCUUCGCUGCUUACCAAGGACUACGUGCUGACAGCCGCGCAUUGCGUCAGGAAACUAAAACGUUCGAAGAUCAAAGUGAUCCUGGGGGACCACGAUCAGACGAUAACGACGGAGAGUGCCGCCAUCAUGCGGGCGGUGGUAGCGAUCGUUAGACAUCGCAGCUUCAACGCGGAUUCCUACAACAAUGACAUCGCGCUGCUCAAGCUGAGGAAACCGGUCAACUUUUCCAAGAUCAUCAAGCCGGUGUGUCUUCCUCCUGCAAGCAUCGACCCGGCAGGCAAGGAAGGUAUUGUGGUGGGCUGGGGGCGAACCUCGGAGGGUGGACAACUGCCGGCAGUGGUGCAAGAAGUCAGGGUCCCUAUCCUGUCGUUAGCCCAGUGCCGCAGGAAGAGAUAUAAAGCUUCCAGGAUUACUUCUAAUAUGCUGUGUGCGGGUCGGGCGUCGACAGACUCGUGUCAGGGAGACAGCGGCGGCCCUCUGUUGGUGCAGGACGGGGACAGAUAUCAAAUUGUUGGCAUCGUGUCGUGGGGAGUGGGGUGCGGUCGGCCGGACUACCCAGGUGUCUACACCAGGAUUACCCAGUAUCUCAAGUGGAUCAGGUCCAAUCUGAACGGAAGCUGUCUAUGUACCAACUGAUACGAACGAAAUCGUACGAUACUCAGAUAUAGCCAUUACUAAGUUUUGUGAUCGCAGAUUUUUUUAAACACAAAAGAAAACAAGAAUUUUGAAAUGUUUCUAUAGUGUUACAUUAUUAUUGAAGUAAAAGUUGGAAUCUUAUGUUCAGAAAGAAGCUCUCUCAUGAUUAAAUAGUUUUUCAUGAAUCAUUUCACGAUAGGUCUUAGUUAAAACAGUGGAAGAAGUAUAGGUGUUAUCUUUAAUGGUUUAAACUAAGUCAUGGUUAAGUUCGAUAAUAAACUGUGACAAUUACCCAUUGAAAAAGAAGACAAAUGAGCUAGCAAAUAAGUUGUAAAAAUAUCUUACACUGAAUAGAAGAAUAACUAUUUACGUAUUCAACUUAAAUAUUGGUAAUUUAAGUUCGUUAUAUCAUUGUAUUAGAUAAAAACCUGUUGCUAAAUGACAAAAUCAUACGUUGGUUGAGACAAAGUUCUAAUUAAGUAUCGUCAUUUAAAACAAAGUUUGAACAUAUUCAAAUAUACGUUAAUAGCAUAGCAUGUUUAAGGAAAUUUCCAAUGUCCAACAAAUAGGUAGGUAUGUCUCUUCCUUCAUAUUUUUGUUAUGUAGGAUUAUCGCCGAACUUACCUAUAUUGAGUAUUUACUCAGUAUAGGUAGUAAAUAUUUGAAAUUUCUACCGAAUUCGCCAAAGUUCGGCGAACUAUUCGCGGAUAGUGGAGCCAGCAUUAACCAUGUCAUUUUUUAGAGCAAGAAUCCUCAUUGGUGCAAACGAUCAUACUGAUAUAUGGAGUUGAGUUGAAUACUUAGCUAGUAUGUACCUACUUCUAAAUGAUAUUUUGCGAGGGGUAUCUGAAUCUCAUAGGAUUUUAUUAUUUUAUAAUAUUUUAUUUUAAAUAUUAGAUUAUUUGUACGACAAACGGUUAUAUUAAGUAGAAAAAAACAAAGUGAAAGAAUAAAACGAUAUGAAAUUUCUAAGGUCACUUCUGGUUCUUAUCAACUUGCACUUGUUACUAAUCACUUAAUUUAUUAAUGAUGAGAAUUGUCAACAAACAUUUUGUUUCGUUAUUUAUUAUUUAGUUUAAUUGUAAUUUUAGCAUACGAAAAGUCAUUUAAUGGCUUUAUUUAUACUGUAGUUUGUAAUUCAUCAUUCAUGCACGAUAUCAUCAUAAAAUCAUCGGAGUCAUUUAUAAUAUGUUCAUAAUAAGUAUGAAAAGAGAAAGACCUGUUCAUUAUGCAUCAUCAUUCUAAGUAUCACCGUCAUAUUGCCCACAAGAUAUUAAAGUAAAUAGUAUUUUCUAUAUGCUACAACUGUCUAUAACAAAAUUAUAAAAAGUAUAUGUAAUUUAAACUUAGAUAAAUAUAUAAUUCUACGCGAAUUGUCUUUAUUCUGAAAUAAAUUAGACAAUCUUGCAUUUGCAGUCGUUAAAACCCAACAAUCGGCAUUGAGCUCGCGUGGUGGAUCAGGGCUCGUAUUCUCCAUUCAAAAGGAAGGCCAGUGCCCCAUCAGUGGGCACAUUAAAAUAGUUCAUCGUAAUGAUGAUAAGAAUGAUAAUCAUGAAUUUUCACGUUAUUUAAAACAUCAUUCAAAU